AAAGCUUUCUCUCAAGCAGAAUUUAGGGUUUCGCUUCAUCGUCUCGCCGCCCCUCUCAAUCUUUUCCGAUGGCCAAACGAACGAAGAAAGUUGGAAUUGUCGGGAAAUAUGGUACCAGGUAUGGUGCUAGUUUGAGGAAGCAGAUUAAGAAGAUGGAAGUGAGUCAGCACAGCAAAUAUUUCUGCGAGUUCUGCGGAAAGUACGCCGUGAAGAGGCAGGCUGUCGGCAUCUGGGGAUGCAAAGAUUGUGGCAAAGUGAAAGCUGGCGGUGCUUACACUCUAAACACUGCUAGUGCCGUGACUGUCAGGAGCACGAUCAGAAGGCUUAGGGAGCAGACCGAGAGUUAAAUUAUGUUUUUUUUCUUCUGGCAUUUGAAUUUUCAUUUCCGUUUAAAGUAAACGAUAAACUAUGAGACUAGUGAGAUUGUUAGCUACUCGUAUGUACUUGUUUUCCGUAUUUGUUUCGACUUAUGAAAGUUGCAUCCUUUUUCAGAGUGCCUUAUAUUCA